UUAGAUCUGUCAAACUGCAAACUGAUCAGUUUCCCAGACGGUGUAUUCAGGGUCCUCAACAGCGUUGCAGAGAAGAUACACAUCGUCCACGCUAUUGACAAUGAGAUGAAGGGAGUUACUAGCAAAUUUUUCAAAACCUUCACUCAAUUGAGAGAACUGGACUUGCACGGCAAUGUGAUCACUAAACUGCCAGAUGUAGUUGGGGAGCUGGAACAUCUGACCAGCAUCAACUUGGCCAACAACAAGUUGUCUGUCUUCCCCGAGAGACUGACGCAGAUCCAGUCUCUGGAAAGAAUCAACCUGGAAGGGAAUGACAUCACUGACGUCCCCAUGGAAAAGUUGCAGGCCAUGCCAGCUCUGAAGUGUGUCAACCUGAAGUCAAAUCCUUUGGACAACAACUUGUUAACUGCCAUUCAACAAUUUCCUCAAACCUUUGAAAUUCAAACUACAACAGACAACUAAGACCUUGUCUUCUUCUAAGAUGGACAGUUUAUCCACACCUAGAGACAAUGAGGAUUGCAUGCUGUGCCUUCAGACUUUUUUCAAUAGUACAAUUAGAGAUUCAGAGAAUCAAUUGUUUGGCCUCUAUUUCAUAACAUUUUUUCCCCCAUCAUGUUUGCUGUAAUGGAACUAUCAAACUUGAGGCCUCUCCAGACCAGAAGUCGUGAGCCUUCUGUAGUUGCUGCCAGUACUGAAAGUCCAUUUGAGUGGGGCUCAGUUCAGAGAUGACUAGAUGUUGCUGUUUACACUUUUGCGGUAGCCUUUCCAGAGUGCACCAAGAGCUACACCUAGUACAUAGUCCUUAUUAACAAUGGGCCUCAGUGUUUUCAUCAUCAAAGGAAUGGCAAUUAAAUGCUACGUCUUUUUUUUUAUGUACAGUUCCUUGCGAAAGUAUUCGGCCCCCUUGAACUUUGCGACCUUUUGCCACAUUUCAGGCUUCAAACAUAAAGAUAUAAAACUGUAUUUUUUUUGACGAAUCAACAACA